UCGGGAAGCCACCACCACGUCAGAAAACAAACAGAAAGAGAAAACCGUUUAUCUUCCCGCAACGGUCAACGGAGAAAAGAGAGUUGGGGGAUCAUAACCAGAAUUCCGAUCAUCGAAACGACGAUCGCUCUGCAUAUUUUGGGUUUAGAAUGAUGGCGGCGACGUCGUAUCUGACGCCGACGCAGAGGUACGCAGCCGGAGCCGUGUUUAGCCUGGCUCUGCAUCAAGCCCAGCUUCACCAGACCCACCCGCUAGGCCUAACAAUCAAUGACUUCCCUUCUGACAAUAACUCCCCCACUGUUGCAGUUUCCGAAGAUCCCGACCUUUGGAUCCACCACAACUCCGGUUUGCUCCGCCCUGUUUUCAUGUUUCUAGAUAUUAAUACCGCAGCUUGGUCUGGACUCGAGGAAACUGCAGGGUCUUCUUCAGCUUCACGUCACGUGGGACCAUUCUUGAGACUAUUAUCAGAAGAAUUUGGUGAUGAUUGUUCUCAAAGGUCGGAUCAAGAACUUGCUUUGUCAGAAGCUGUUGAUGCCAUGGUCCUUAGCCUGGAAAAAAAUUCAGAGUCUUCCAAAUCUAAAAGAGAGAGGUUUCAUGAAUACGAGCAUCAAUGUCGUGAAAAGUUUUCCACUGCUGAUGUUCAACCAAAUUCUGAGAAGGUAGAUGUGGAUUUGGAAACUCAGGAGGAGACAAAAACUCCUUUCUUUGACUGUGAUGAUGCAGAUCAGGGAUCUAUUGAUAGUAAAAUUGAUGAGAGUCAAAUUGAAGAGGUAAUGAUGCUCAGCUAUCAGAGGAAAGUGACAGUUCUCUAUGAACUUCUCUCUGCUUGUCUGUCAGAUUUAGCUGAAAAAAACAAGAAAUAUACUCGGAGAAGAAAGGGUUAUGAUGCUCGGCAUCGUGUGGCUCUACGGUUGCUGGCAACUUGGCUAGAUAUCAAGUGGACAAAAAUGGAGGCCAUUGAGAUGAUAGUUGCUAGUUCUGCAAUGGCUUUCAUUAAAGAACAAGAAUCAAAUAAAGAAGAAACUGAAUCAAAAGAAAGCAAGUGGUCUAAAUGGAAGCGGGGUGGUAUUAUUGGUGCUGCUGCAUUAACUGGGGGAACCUUGAUGGCUAUUACUGGGGGAUUAGCUGCCCCAGCAAUUGCUGCAGGACUUGGUGCUUUGGCUCCAACUUUGGGUACUCUGAUCCCUGUAAUUGGAGCAAGUGGAUUUGCCGCAGCUGCUAGUGCUGCAGGAACUGUUGCUGGUUCGAUUGCAGUUGCUGCAUCAUUUGGAGCUGCUGGAGCUGGACUUACUGGAAGCAAAAUGGCUAGGAGAGUUGGGAGUGUUGACGAGUUUGAAUUCAAAGCUAUAGGAGAAAACCAUAACCAAGGCAGGCUUGGGGUUGAGAUCUUGGUCUCUGGAUUUGUCUUUGAGGAGGAUGAUUUUAUAAGGCCUUGGGAAGGACAGAAUGACAACUUGGAGAGGUAUGCGCUGCAGUGGGAGUCCAAGAAUCUAAUUGCUGUGAGCACUGCAAUUCAGGAUUGGCUUACUUCAAGAUUUGCGAUGGAGCUGAUGAAGCAAGGGGCAAUGAUGACUGUAUUGAGUGCACUUUUAACUGCAUUGGCUUGGCCAGCUGCAUUACUUGCAGCAACUGAUUUCAUAGACAGCACGUGGACAAUUGCUAUCGACAGAUCAGACAAGGCAGGGAAGUUGCUUGCUGAAGUAUUAUUAGGAGGAUUGCAGGGAAAUAGGCCUGUGACACUUGUAGGUUACUCACUUGGGGCAAGAGUUAUUUUCAAAUGUCUAGAGUGUUUGGCUGAAACAGAACAAAAUGCUGAAUUGGUAGAAAGAGUUGUUAUUCUUGGAGCCCCCAUUGCAAUCAAGGAUGAGAACUGGGAAGCUGCUAGAAAGAUGGUAGCAGGAAGAUUUGUAAAUGCUUAUUCAAGGAAUGACUGGAUGCUUGGUGUUGCUUUCCGUGCCAGUCUACUUUCUCAAGGACUAGCUGGAAUCCAACCAAUCGAUAUUCCUGGAAUCCAAAAUGUUGACGUGACGGAUCACAUUGAAGGCCAUUCAUCUUAUUUGUGGGCCACACAAAAGGUCUUAGACGAACUUGAAUUGGAUACGUAUUAUCCCGUUUAUAAUACCAUUCUUUGCAAACAGUAACCCUUCCCAAUUCUUCCUUGCUUGAAUAUAUAGAACUUUAUAGUAUCGCUGUUUUUAGUGGAAUGAAAUUGCCUUAAAUUUCCAAAGAAAGAAAUUUACUGUGUAAAUAUUUUUUCACCAAAAUCCUUGGGUUGAAUUAACGCCUUAUAUAUAUGCAUGCUAUCCAGCGG